AAGCCCGGCAGUGCAGUGCAGUGCAGUGCCGUGCCGUGCCGUGCCGUGCCGGGCAGGGCCGGCCGGGCAGGAGCGGGCGCCAGGUGCAGGCGCUGCCGGGAUGCCGCGGGGCGGAGCCUUCCCCUAGAGCCGGCCGGGGCGGUGCUGUGGGCUCCCGCCGGCGGCGGCGGCGGAGCAGCGGCCGGGAUGUCGCACGGGCUCCCGGCCUCCGGCAGCGUCCUGCAGCCCAGCGCCUCGGCCGGCGGUAACCAGCCGCCCGCACAGGGUCAUGAAGAAGAUGACAGGAAAGUAAGACGGAGAGAAAAAAACAGAGUGGCUGCCCAGAGAAGCCGCAAGAAACAGACGCAGAAAGCAGAUAAACUGCAUGAGGAAUAUGAGUGCCUUGAACAAGAAAAUACCUCCCUGAAAAGAGAAAUUGGGAAGCUAACAGAUGAGAUGAAACAUUUGAGUGAAGUGUUGAAGGACCAUGAAAAGAUCUGCCCUUUAUUGCACUGUUCCGUGAACUUUGUGACCAUACCUAGGUCUGAUGCCCUCACCAGCUGCCUGCCAAGAUGACAGCUGCUCUUUUAAGUGCUGAUUAUUGUUGUACAGGGACAGGAGAGAUUUAAAGAUCCAGCUGCUUCUCCUUACAACAAUACAGGUAUAUCCUGCCCUUGCAGAGGGAUGUUCUGACUUAAUAAGUCUUUUUCACACACGUGUCUUGAUCUGCUGAAUCUCAGGAAAACACCAAUGUGGGAAAAACAAAAUUAAGUUACAUUUUCUGCUUGGUAGAAUCUGGAUCAUGGUUAAUGAGAUCUGCUUUUGCUGGAUGGACACUCAGUGACAAAAAAGACUAGAGGUCAUGAGCUGGGAUGUCCUUCCCUACAUUUGCUCCCCUCCCAUGCACUAUAUUGGAAUUAUUCUUCAUGUCAUCUCUACCUUUUAUUUUAUACAUAUCUUGGUGAUUCAUUUUUUGUUUACACUAAGAUUUGGCUAAUAAAAGUAAUUUUCUUUCUGUAUCUUUAUGGUGCUCUCCACCUUCUUCAAUAUCCCAUGCCUUUUGGACACCUUUACUUUUGCUUACUGGACAAAUCUGAAGUCUAAUGCUAAUCUCUGUGCCUUCAACAUAUGUUUUAUUGCCUUAUCACCAGCUUCAGGUUGUUACUGAAAAGCCUUAUUGGUUUCCCUUACAAAGUAUGUGCAGCAGUUGAAGCGCGGUUCAUUUUCACUUCCCUAAUCCUUGGCCCUUGACCUGUCAAUCUUCAAAGUGUUUUAUUCCCUAGAAUAGGGAGAGUCCUCUUUCUUCAUGAAGACUUCAUUAGACUUCAGGAAGGCCUUCGAUACUGUAUCCCACCCCAUACUGGUGAACAAGUUAAGAGGCUGUGACUUGGAUGACUACAUGGUCCGGUGGGUGGCAAAUUGGCUAGAAGGUUGUACCCGGAGAGUUGUAGUGGAUGGGUCGGUAUCAACCUGGAAGGGUGUGGGCAGUGAGGUCCCGCAGGGCUCAGUCCUUGGACCGAUACUCUUCAAUAUCUUCAUCAGCGACUUGGACGAGGGAGUGAAGUGUACUCUGUCCAAGUUUGCGGAUGACACAAAACUGCGGGGAGAAGUGGACACACCGGAGGGCAGGGAACAACUACAAGCAGACCUGGACAGGUUGGACAUACGGGUGGAAAACAACAGAAUGCAAUUCAACAAGGAGAAAUGCAAAGUGCUGCACCUAGGGAGGAAAAAUGUCCAGCAUACCUACUGCCUAGGAAAUGACCUGCUUGGAGGCACGGAAGUGGAAAGGGAUCUUGGAGUCCUAGUGGACUCCAAGAUGAACAUGAGUUGUCAGUGUGACAAAGUCAUCAGGAAAGCUAAUGGCACUUUAUCGUGCAUCAGCAGAUGCAUGACGAACAGAUCCAAGGAGGUGAUACUUCCCCUCUAUCGGGCGCUGGUCAGACUGCAGCUGGAAUACUGUGUGCAAUUUUGGGCACUGCACUUCAAGAGAGAUGUGGAUAACCUGGAGAGGGUCCAGAGAAGGGCCACACUUAUGGUUAAGGGCUUGCAGGCCAAGCCCUAUGAGGAGAGACUAGGGCACCUGGACCUCUUCAGCCUCCGCAAGAGAAGGUUGAGAGGUGACCUUGUGGCUGCCUAUAAGUUCAUCAUGGGGGCACAGAAGGGAAUUGGUGAGGCUUUACUCACCAAGGCGCCCCUGGGGGUUACAAGAAAUAAUGGCCAUAAGCUAGCAGAGAGCAGAUUUAGACUGGACAUUAGGAAGAACUUCACAGUUAGAGUGGCCAAGGUCUGGAAUGGGCUCCCAAGGGAGGUGGUGCUCUCCCCUACCCUAGGGGUCUUCAAGAGGAGGUUAGAUAGGCAUCUAGCUGGGGUCAUCUAAACCCAGCACUCUUUCCUGCCUAUGCAGGGGGUCGGACUCGAUGAUCUAUUGAGAUCCCUUCCAACCCUAACAUCUAUGAAUCUAUGAAGCUUGCCCACUUUGCACAGAGUAAGUGCAAAAUCAUUUUUCGCUCUAAGUUUUGGGUCUAAGUCUUUGUAGCUAGUGAAAAUAGGUACGGUUGAAUUGGGCCUUUUAUAUGUGUUGUAAUUCACUAGUAGUUCUUUUUUCCCCCAUGUCCCAGUUACAUGCCUAAGGCAAUUGCUCUGAAAAGAAAGGAUAAUGUAAACCUAGCUGAGCAUUCUGUUCAUCCAAUUUUCUAAAUAACAGAAGUAUUUUUUUUAAUGGUUUUAACAGAUAAACUUCACAUACAUUUUCCUUUCAUAAUGGAAGAAUUGUUACAAAAUCCAAGAGAAAAGGAUUGAAAAACUGUUUAUUUUUCCAUAACUUCUAAGCAAUCCUGUAGUUUGAAGAGUUUGUGUGCUAUGGUGUGGAGUCAGACAAAGAGGUAUCCUCCUCAUAUUUCAUAGAUUCAUAGAUGUAGGGUCGGAAGGGACCUUGUAGUCCAACCCCUGCCAUGGGCAGGAGAGAAAACUGGGCUCAAAUGACCCCAGCCAGGUAAACAUCAAGCCUCCUCUUAAAGACCCCCAGGGUAGGAGCCAUCACCACUUCCCUUGGAAGUUGGUUCCAGAUCCUAGCCACCCUGACUCUGAAGUAGUGCCUUCAGAUGUCUAGUCUAAACCUACUCUCUAGCAACUUAAGGCUGUUAUUCCUUGUUAAUCUGGGAGGCACUCUUUAUAGAUGGCCACCAGGUCCCCCUUCAGCCUUCUCUUGUGAAGGCUGAACAGGUUAAGGUCCCGUAGCCUCUCCUCAUAGGGUCUGCCCUGCUGUCCCCAGAUCAUGCGAGUGGCCCUCCUUUGAACCCUCUCAAUGCAGUUCACAUCCUUCCUAAAGUGCGGCGCCCAGAACUGGAUGCAGUACUCCUGCUGCAGCCUGAUCAGUGUCGCAUAGAGGGGGAGGAUCACCUCCUUGGCCCUGCUUGUGAUGCAUCUGUGGAUGCAGGACAAGGUACGGCUAGCCCUACUGACCGUGUUCUUGCAUUGUUGGCCCAUGUUCAUCUUGGAGUCAGUAAUGACUCCAAGAUCUCUUUCUGCCACCGUGCUUUCGAGACGGGAGUUCCCCAGCCUAUAUGUAUGCUGCUGGUUCCUACUGCCCAAGUGCAGCGCCCUGCACUUGUUAGAAUUGACUCCCAUCCUAUUUUCAUUUGCCCAACCCUGUAACCUGUCCAGGUCCUGCUGUAAUCUGUCCUUCCCUUCUAGCAUGCCCACCUCACCCUAAAUCUUGGUGUCGUCUGCAAAUUUAAACAGGCUGCUCUUCAUCCCAUCUUCCAAGUCACUAAUAAAGAAAUUGAACAGUGCAGGCCCAAGGACCGAACCCUGGGGGACCCCACUGCCCACUUCCCUCCAAGUCAAAAAUGACCCGUCCACCACUACUCUCUGAGUACGACCCCUCAGCCAAUUUCCCUAUUGAACUUUGAAUCAUGCUGGUCUCUAGCACUCCACCAUGCCUGUCACUUCACCAUCUGGCUUUUUUCCUGAGAUAGGCUUAAAGGAAUAGGUUUUGCCCUUAGAUGGGAGUUACGCAUAUGUGUAUAUCUAAGGGCAAAUUUUGAUUCUAAAUAUUUAAAAGCAAUGUCCUUUAUGUUUCUGAGCUCUAAUAGCUUUUGAAACAUCAGCCACUGAAAAAAUAAGUAUAUAGUGAGGGUUGGGGAGGAACUACUGUCAACUUUGUGUCCCCUGAGGAUACCCUGCACCUCCUUGUAGCUUUGAUCUCAAAUUUCUGUUUUAAGAGAAGGAAGUCCCUAUCCUUUAAAAGCUUUUUUCAGGUUCUAAGAUGUUGCUGGGUGCAUUGUCAACAUCCACAGAAGUAGUUUUCAGCUCACUUUACAGAGUCUGUAUUUCCCUCAUUUUUUUAGGGAAGAGGACCCAAAACAUCCCCAUGAUAACAUUCUUCAUCCCUUCCUACAGAGCACUGGGUGCUUGGGAAUCCACACAGGAAGCAGAGGAGACUGGGUAUAGGAAGGACCUGGGAGUAGAGUCAGGACAUACAUCUUUCACUCUAUCCUCUGGAGCUACUCCAAGAAAGAUAAUGCAACCUGGUGCAGUAGUAUUUAUUAUGGUGCUAUCAGCUUGAGUAUCAGAGGGAAGUGCCUAGGUAGGAGAAGAUGCAGGUAGGGCAGCAGAGGUGUGGGAGAGUCAGAGCCAGCAUAAAAACACAAGGUCAUACAAAUCAGUUUCGAUUCCCAUGGAUCUCUGUGGAUCUACAAGGUUUGAGGAUAUUCCAAGAGCCAUCAGGGAUAAUCUUUUCUCCAUGUACACCUCAACAGAAUGAUGUGCAGGGAUCUCUACAAAGGGAUCCUCUCAGAGAUUAACUUUUCCAAAGUGCCUUUCCCUGAGUGUGGUUGUGUGUGUAUGUAGAAACACUUUGAAACACAUUUCUUUUAUUGGUAACUUUACAAAGCUGUGUUCAGUCUUAUGACAGUAUCAGUAUAGAAAAUGUCAUACUCCCCAGUCAAUGAGCAGGCAUCAUGGCUCUUUUGAUUCAUAAAGCUAAGUCUAAUAGUUUAGCACACCUAGGAAUUUAGCUUUUGGCUGAUGAGCAUGUACACUCUAGCAGGUUAAUUCUGAAUCUGAUAAAGGAAAACAACUGAGUGAAUUGCAGAAGACUUUCCUAUGGCAGCUGGAUAAAGCACAGGAAUUAGAUACUACUCCUUUAAUUAGUUGUUAGUCCUCUAAGCUGUCCUCACUGUGCUGCUGCAGCAGGAUUCCAGUGGCUUCUGAAAUAUAAAAGGCAAUGAAAAUUAUUAAAGAGCUCACAACUUUGAAAGGGAUAAUAGAAGCCUAAAGCACCUUGAAAGAAGCAAAAAUGAGCAACUUGUCUUAAAUAAAUUUGGUGUUACUGUGCACUUAUACAGUGACUAGUGUGAGAUGAAUCACAUAGUCAGAAAGGAACUGAACUAUUAAAUCAUGAACUUACAUGGAGUAAAUAAAAAGGGGCUACUCUGAAUAAAGUAACUACGCACAAGAGUGCAGCUUUGCAAUGUAGUUCAAAACUGAAAGUGUGUUUGGGAGGCUGGGAUAAUUGUAUCAUCAAAUAGGGAACCAGAAAGAAGAACAGAAAGGAAAAGGUUUCUUUGUAAAGGAAACAACAGAUCUUUUUUCAACUCCAGAUCUCUCCUUUUGGAACAGGCUAAUUCACCAUCAAAACAUAUAUUCUAAACCUGGUUUAAAUAGGAUUAGCCAUCACCUAACUUUUGAAAAAGUCCAAAAGGUUUGACUUGUUUUCCAAGAAUUUGAUCUCUCUCUCUUUUCAGAGUAUAGUAUAUAUGAAGGAUGCACUGUAGGCUGGAUCUGAACUGUUUUCAGAUGUGUAUAUGUGAGAGUUACCACGUGAAUUGUAUCCUUGUUGUAUGUACAUAAAUGAAGGUUGGAUUUGGUUUUCAAAUGCACAAUUAAAAUUGUUCUUUGUCUA